CAUUAACAGGCACCAUACCGUCUUUAACUGCUUUUAAAUCAAGUAACUAGUCAUUAAUCGGCGGGAAGCCAUAAUUUUACCAGAAAUGAAAAGUGCAACAUUUAUUUUGGCAAUCAUUAUUGCUGGUGUCGUCAAUUGUGGUCACAUCGAAAUAAGUGGUGGACAUGGUGGCGGUGGUCACGGUGGAAGCGGAUACAGUGGAAGUGGCCUUCGAUCCAUUGCACAAGGUUCAGCCUUACAAGCCCAUUCAGCAGCCGCUAGUCAACAUGCUGCAGCUCGGCAAGCUUCUUAUGUAGCGAAAAGUACCCUUGCCCAGUCAGCAACACAAGCAGCGGCCACGGCACAGGCCGCCCUUGCUGGAAAACAAAUUUUACUCCAAAACCUAGAGGAACAAAGUGCCGAGGCUCAUCAUUUGCUGGAAGCUGAACUUGCUCAACUGGAGCUUGCCCAGCAUGCGGCAUCUGCUGCAAAAGAAGCCGCACAGCAAGCAGCUUCCCAUGUGUCGGUUCUAACCAGUGCCCUUAAUAGUGCCCAAGGGGUGGCCGAACAUGCUGAGCAAGCCGCCGGUGCAGCUGCUGCUGAAUUGGCAUCACAGACCGCAAUGGUUGGUAAAGCCAAGGCUCGAUUGCAAGCAAUUGAGGCUCAGCUAGUUGCAGUACAGCAAGACUUUGCUGAAACUCAUGCCGCUGCAGAGAAGGCUUCUGCAGCCGCUCAUGAAGCACAGCAAAAUGCCGCUGCUGCUGGUAUUCAAGCUUCAGCAGGUCUCCAUGAGUCCGCAGCACAUCAAAGUUUUGGCGGCCACGAGGAAGCCUCAUUUGGGGAGGCUAUUAUUGAAGAGGGCGGACAUGAGUUCCAUUAAAAUUAAGACUGUUUACUCAUUGCUAGUUUGCUAAUUAACAAAUUCUCUUAUUUUGUUAAAAUAAAAAUAAUUUAAUCACACAAAUAUAA